AUGAAAAACAAUGAAAUAACAUAUAGAUAUCAACUUUUUAAAAAAGUUUUUAAUAAUAAAUUUUUAUUUAAACAUAUUUAUAAUUAUGUUUUUAUUUUUGAAAAAUAUGAAAAAAAUAAAUGUAUUAAAUUUAAAAGUAGAGAAGAGAUUUUAAAAUAUAAAGAUAGAGAAUUCAUUAGUAAAAUCAUUUAUCUUGAAGAGAUUAUUGAAAUUGGUGAUUUACCUAAUAAUAGAAUUUUAAAAGAGAUUGAAUUUGGUAAUAGAUUGAAAAGAAUAAAGAGUAAAUCAAUAUCAAACAAUGUAGAGAUUAUUAAUUUCAAUUCGAUGAAACCUCAACAACCAACUCAAUUUCAUUCACUACCAUCGUCAGUUUGCAAUGUUAAAGGUGUAGUAAUAUCAAUACCAAAGAAUACAACCACAAAUUUAAAUCCAUACAUUCCAAGUAGUAUCAAAUCAAUGUCUUUAAAUAUUUGUCCAAACAUAUCAAAUAAUAAUGAUAAUGGUAAUGGUCACUUUAAAAUACCAACGACAAUCAAUGAAUUAAAAUUUAAAAAAGGUUGGGAUAAUGAAGGUAUAAUAUUAAGAAAUGGUGAUAUUCCAAAUAAUAUCACAAGUUUAUCAAUUAAAAAGUAUGCAAUAAAGUAUAUUAAAAAAGGUCUAUUAUCAAACUCAAUUAAAAAAUUAAAAAUAUCUUGUAAUCAAAGUGAUAUAAUUUAUAAUAAUAAUAAUAGUACAGAUGAUUUAUUUAGCUUUUUACCAAAAAAUUUAGAAAUUUUAAAAAUUAACUUUGAAACAGAUAUAACAACAAAUUUAAAAUUUAAUAAAUAUUUACCUUCAACAAUUAAUAAAUUAGUUUUAAAAUUAUCUUCAAUAAAUAUAAUUAAUAUUGAACCAAAUUCAAUAAUAUCAAAUAAUAAUAAUAAUAAUAAUAAUAAUAAUAAUAAUAAUAAUAAUAAUAAUAAUAAUAAUAAUAAUAAUAAUAAUAAUAAUAAUAAUAAUAAUAAUAUUCAAGAUUUAAUAAUAUAUAAUUUAAAUUUAAAAUUAAAAGAAAAUGUAAUACCAAAUGUUAAAAAUUUAAAAUUAAUUUGGAAUAAUAUUGAAAGAUUUAAAGAUAGAGAUGAAAAAUUAAUUUCAAAGAACUCAAUACCAAAUAGUGUAACUUCAUUGACUAUCAAUAGAAUUAUUACUCAGCCUAAUACAUUACCAAUAUCAUUAACAAAUUUAGAAAUACUUCAACAUCCAAACUAUUAUAAACUUGAUGAUACAAUUAAAAUGAUGAAAAUUCUACCUGAAUCUUUAACUUCAAUUAUAUUACCAAAAGAAUUUGAAAAUUUUAAUCUUUCAUUACCAAAUACUGUUAAUUUAAUAACAUUUAAAUAA